AUGGCGCCAGCUAGCGGAACUGGCCCCGGCGCGGCCGCCGACAAGAAGCCUGAAAAGUCGUAUCUCGCAUCCGCCGUCGAUUCCAUCAAUCCUUGGGCGGCCAACCGCAGCACCACUCCAACGCCCAAGGAGCCACCUCCGCCCAAACCAGUGGUCCCUGUGAACCCAAACCCCGGGGACCAUAGUACCAACCCCUUUUACGGCCACAGCUUCAAGCGGUAUCCCCCUGAUUGCCCUCCACUAAAUGUUCAAUGGUUCCAUGCCGUAGAUGUCCCGAAGCGCAAGCCCAAGUUCCUCCAGUCCAAGACCGACGAUGACAAAAAGACCCAGACGCAACCAAAGAAAUAUGCGCCCUUCUCUCCCGGAGACUCCCGAGCACUCGAAGUUGCCUACCAAGCAAGACUCGAAGAGAUAGAGCAACAGAGGGCGAAUCCGAAACGCUCGACCAGUGUCCGUUUAGGCUCCAAGCGGCCUCGCGUCGUCUCGGGUGACGAAGCAAACAACACAAACCUGGAUUCAACUGAGGAGGAGGCCAAGAAUCACAUUCGAGUCCCCGUCAACGAAGAUUUUCUAUUCGACGUCGACCUCGACGAUCGCGAGUUAGCCCCUGUUUACUGGGAGGGUCCGGUAUAUGAGGUGCGUCGAGGAACUUGGUUCUACCAAGAAGGCUCGACUGUUCGCCCAUGCGAGGAGAAUCUUGCCGCCCAGCUUGAAGAAGGAUACAUGAAGAUACGACCAUGGAUGUACCCAACACGGACGCGCAGCGACUCGGGUACCAAGACCGUCACACCCAAGGCUUCAGUGAGCAAUCUCAAGGCUGCGGCUGCCGCCCAGAAAGAAACCCCAGCCAAAAUAGAGAGCACGGUAGUCCAACAUCAGCCCCAGACAUAUCGGCUAUUUGGCGCCUACAUGAACAACAUCGCAACAUACCACGACGAAAGCACUGUAUGGCUCUCAUCGGAAGGUGUGCUCUCUUGGGUGACCUCGACCGUAUACGAGAGGUUUGCUGGAGGUGGUUAUAUGAGCGGCGUGAAGCUCGUUCGUGGCUAUAAUACAGAAACAAAGAAGCCCAAAGAUGAUAAGCGGCCCUCGACUCCAACUGGAACCAAGAGCACUUCCGCAGAACAGGACGAGAAGCUGCAAAAGGUCCUCAAGAGACGCUCUGCUCCAGCAGGUGCGCACUCACUUUCUGAAGAGACCGUGGUGGUCAAGGAAGAGGGCGAAGAGGAGGGGCCCGACGAAAUCGAAAGUACGAGGGCCAGGCUCAGUCGGCAAAUAUCAAACCUGAUAGAGGGUGUCAAGGAUCCAGAGGCAGAGGCGGAAGCGAUUCGGAAAAGAGAAGAGAAGGAGAUCAGGGACGACUAUAAUGCGCGACUAGGAGAGACUCAGGGCCGCGAAAUUGAGCAUCUCGUUCUCGUCACCCACGGCAUCGGACAGCUUUUGGGAAAGAAGAUCGAGAGUGUCAACUUUGUCCAUGACGUGAAUAUGCUUCGGAAAACAUUAAAGGAGACAUAUUCUUCUUCGGCCGAUCUCAGAGCGCUGAACGGCGAGAUUGAAGUGGAAGGCCCUGGCAACUCGCGUGUUCAAGUUUUGCCCGUUGUCUGGCGACAUCUCCUCGACUUUCCAAAGCGCAAACCGAAAAGGAGAGAGCACGAUUUGGGUGAGGCUCCAUACGAAGAGGACGAAUAUGACAUUACAAUCGAAGGUGUGGCUUUUGCAAGGUCACUCAUAUCCGAUCUGGCUCUCGACGUCCUGCUCUACCAAAGCGCAUACCGAGAAACAAUUGCGGAGAUCGUUCUCCGAGAAGCUAACCGAAUAUACAAGCUGUUCAAAGACCGCAAUCCUAACUUCAACGGCAAAGUGCAUGUCAUCGGCCAUUCCCUUGGGUCUGCCAUCAUGUUUGAUAUCCUCUGUCGGCAACGGGAAAAACGACCAGAAACCGAGCCGUUUAAGAACCCGCUCAGAUUAUGGCCAACACACACCCAGGACCGAUACGAACCGAAAGAAUCCAAGGAGCUUGCGUUCGAGUUUGACGUGGAAGAUUUCUACGCUCUCGGAUCUCCCAUUGGCCUUUUCCAGAUGCUCAAGGGACGAACAAUUGCGGCUCGUCACUUGCCCAACGCCUAUCCCUCGGAAAGCCCCCUAAAUCCCGAAUACAUGGAUGACCCAUUUUUCCUUGCCGCCACAGCGCAUCACCACCAUCACCACCACCAUAACAGUGAUCAGAGUCUCUCUCCUAUCACCAACCUUCCGUACAGCAUCUCCUCUCCCAAGGUUGCUCAGUUAUUCAACAUUUUUCACCCUUCAGAUCCCAUCUCCUAUCGUCUGGAGCCCUUGAUCUCCCCCGCCAUGUCCACUCUCAAGCCCCAAGCUCUGCCAUAUACCAAGAAGAGCAUCUUCGGUUCUGUCGCUCCACAGGGUCUCACGGGUAUUGGUGCCAAGGUCGGGCAGAGCGUUAGCGGACUAUGGAGCAGUCUCAGUGCCGGUAUUGCCAGCAGUUUACUCAACCGUAGUCUCGGUUUUAGCCAGGAAGAUGUAGCCAACAUUAACGCCUCACAGGCUCAGCACCAGAAUUCCAGUCCUGGUGCUGGUACCAAUAUUGCGGGCGGUGUCAUCUCUCCCGAAUCCCCCAAGAUGUCAGACGCACAACGGAGCGAGAAGACGGCGGAGAGGAUGCGCCAACUGGCCAACGCCGGCCACGAUGGCGCGCUGAUCGAUGACGAGCUGGAGACGCUCUUUAGCAGGUUUGAGAGGAAGAGGUUGGAUAUGGUUCACGCCGCCAAGGAAGGGGGCAGCACCGCUGCGGCCAAGGAGGAAUGGGUCAAGGAGGAGGCCAAGGCCCAGAAGUUGAAGAGAGAGGAGAUGAAGGUACGGGCGCUGAACAGGAAUGGGAGAGUGGAUUACAGUAUCCAAGAGAGCGUUCUGGACUUCAAUCCCAUCAACACCAUUGCUUCGCACAUGAGUUACUGGGCGGACGAAGAUGUGUGCCACUUUAUACUGUCUCAAAUGCUGGUAUCGAGCAAGACGAAGACACCGAGGGUAGGUGAGGAGUCCAGUAGAAAUUGCACGCAUCCAACACCCAGCUUCCAUUGCUUUAUUCAUACAUGGUGGGUUGCCCUGAGCUGCGUAAGGUCUGAGGACGGUUUUUCCAUGUCCGCUGUAUCUUCCACGGUGCCCCCGUCUUUUCCAAACCGGAUUCCGGAGGAUACCAACAACAAAGCCGGCUUCGUCAUGACCGACCCAGGUCCAUUACAGUCCCCGAACGUGGACGCAGACUGGGUCCGUUUUGGCUCUCUCCGACUUCGAUAUGGUUUUCCGGAUCGCCGUGACCCCCGAAUUAUUCCCGUCGGCUGGAUCUGCUGCAAAUGCCAGCACAAUAACACCCAUUCCGAUGCCUACGGCAAGCCUGCGGAGAUCGAGCCUGGAAACACUGACCACUUGAAACCCUGUGCUGAGGUGAAUUGUCGGAGCAGGAAGCGAGAUCAUUACGGCAACGAGUUGGACCCCUUUCCACAUUCUCUGUGCCCGGAAUGUACUUUGAUCAACCACAAAGAUCAUCCCAUCAUGUCUGGAAUUGGUAUUCCGGCUGCGUUAUCCGACCAUAUUGACCGCUCCAAGGUGGCUUUCUGGGAAUGCUGCCACUGCCUGAAGCUGAACGCGAUCAAUGACUCGGCCUCUGGGCGUUGCUUCAGCUGCCAUUUUCAGAGCCAGGGCUCCGGACACUGCCGCAAUCCCGACCACCCCCGGCUUCAGGUUAAGGCACUGAGUGCGCUCCGACAAUUUCCAGAGGAGGGUAAUAACUUGUGGGAUGCCUACCGCAAAGUGAGUAUGGAGACUGAUGACGAAAUCAUGCUUUCCGCGCAUGUUACCUGUGGUGACUGCAGACUUUUGAACGGAUACAAAGAGUACCUGAUCUUCGCGGACCAGACAGAAAGAAGGAGGGCGCCUACCCCCGUUGAAAAGGUCGCUCUUCUUGACGAGUUUGAGAAGCACAUCAGUAAGCAGUUCAGGAAGCGCACCAACAUCAACGUCUGUUGGCGCACCAUCGAUCGGUUCAAACGUUACCGCGCGAAAAAGGUGGUUGACAAAUCUUCCUUCCUUGGCAACUGUGACCCCAACCUCUAUCCCGAAUGCGACAUGGAAAAAACCAAGAAAAUCAUGCAGAGGGAUGCUCGGGCUAAAGCCAGAUUCGCAAUGGGUCAUGGACAGGCAUCAGUGGCCCUGAUGUUCCGCCAGAAGUAUCGCAUCAUGCGUGACCACGGCUACUUCAGGGAUACGCGCCUUGUUUAUGAGUGCUUUACUCGUCAGGUUGCCAAAACCGACCACCGCUUGGUUACUGUCGGAUAUGUAAACCGGGAGAGGGCCCGUUCCACAAACACAGCGGAAGAGGACGAAGUUGAAGCCGAGGCAUAUCAGCAGCGAGAAAGAAUUCCUAACGCAGCAGUAAGCAAAGAUGGCACUAACAACUUGGCCAACGACGUCAACAACAUCUGUGUGCACAUGAAUGCUGCUCUGGCAAACCCGGUGGAGAAGAGUUACGACUCUCUUACUGAUGACGAACCAAAGACUCCUCCUCCUCCUCCUCCUGAGGUAACAAAGCGAAGGGAGGAUGGGUGGAAGGAUUCCGAGUCAUGCUCUGUCCAAAGAGGCAACAGUAGGACGGAGAUACUAUCCUCUUCCUCCUCAAACUCCCAGUGGAAAGCCCGCCAAUCCAACGAUUAUUACGCCCGCUCCGCCCGCACCGCCGGGCUCAAAUCGCGCGCCGCCUUCAAACUCCUCGAAAUCAACAAAAAGUAUCGCCUCUUCCGCCGCAAUUCUUCCCAGAUCGUCGUCGACCUCGGUUUUGCGCCCGGCAGCUGGUCGCAGGUCGCGCUGGACCUCACCAAACCCGACGGAAAAGUGGUGGGGAUCGACAUCAUCCCCGCCCAGCCGCCGAGGGGAGUAAGUUCCAUUCAGGGGAAUUUCUUGAGUGAAGGGGUGAGGGGGUUGGUGAAGGGGUGGUUGAGGGAGGAGGAGGGACGGGGGAGGGUCGAGUUAUUGAGGAAGGAAAGGGAAAAGGCAGCUAGAGUGGAACAGGAGGCGAAGGAGCGGGAGGAGAAGGAAAGGGUCGAGAGGGAAGAGAUCGAGGAGGCCGCGAGGGGGUCGGGGCUGGAGAGGGAGAUAGUGGGUGAGGUGGGCGAGGGAGUGGCUGGAAGUGAAGCUAGGCAGAAGGAGAAGAACGACGUGGUGGAGGAGAUGGUUCAAGGGCUGGAGAAGUUGGAGCUCACAGAGAGGCGGGAAGAGCAGCCGCAGCAGCAGCAGCAACAGCAACAACGGCAACAACAAAAGGAUGUAGCAAAGCAAGAGAUCUUUGCCGACCGGCCGAGUUACAUCGAGUUGGAACGGAUGGCUGUCAGAGAAGCUCAGUUGCAGCAGCCUGAGCUUCUGGAACAAGACCGACGAGAAGAAGACAAGGCGACCACCGCAGCCAAAGAAACAGAGAGCAAAUUCGACGGGGAAGAUAGUACUGAGGAACUCGAAGAGGGACACCAACAAGAAGAGCAGCAACAACCAAGGAAGAAAAAGCAGCCAGAGCAAAUGCGGUUGGUUGAUGUAGUACUAAGCGACAUGUCAGAACCCUGGCCCCAAACCACCGGCUUCUCCAUCCAGACUUUGAGUAACCCGUAUAGCAGGAUGAUGAACACGAGCGGGAUUUCGUUCAAGGACCACGCUGGUAGUAUGGACCUCUGCUAUGCCGCUCUCUCAUUCGCAAACGACACGCUCAAACCCGGCGGUCACUUCGUCUGCAAGUUCUACCAAGGGUCAGAAGACAAGAAGUUGGAGAACAUGCUUAAGAAGCUGUUUACCAAGGUUCAUAGGGAUAAGCCUGAUAGUUCUAGGAGUGAGUCGAAGGAGGCGUAUUUUGUUGCUCUGAAUAGGAGGGGAGAUGUUAUUUUGGAGGAUAUUCCCAUCUGAUGUAAGAUGGCGCUCUAUUGUUGACUUGUAAGGCAUUGUACGAGUAAAACGGCGUUAUCGAGAAGAUAACUUGGGGAGCAAGAAUAUUUACGUUCACAGCAUAAGACAUUGAACAGCAGAUACCUAAAUCACAUUAGCAUUCACAGCA